UUGGGUGAGGUGCAGAGACCGGAGGGACUUUCACUCAGACUAAAAGUAAACUGGUUCUCAGGGGAACAGAAAGAAUAAAGCCAGUCUGACCCCGGGGAGGGGUGGGGGGUGCUUGGGAACCACUGUCCAGUUUGACCCCGACAUUGAGAGGAAAACCACGACCUCGGAGGAAGACGAGCCUCCCCCCGCAAGGGGAGAGAAAAUCUGCCCAGCCCCUCCCCUGGAGAGCCAGUGUCCAUUCCGACGCCGGUGGUGGGAGAAAACCCUGUCCAGUCCGAACCGCAGGUGGGAGGAGACAGAUUGUCCAGUCCGACCCCGGAGGGGAGGGGAGGAGAGGAGAGGAGCCAGUGUCUAGACUCAGACGGGGAGAAGAACCAGAGUCAGUCUGACGCCAGGCUUUAGAAUCUAUCCGCUUGAGACAGAGAGAGGGACCGGUCUCAGUUUAAUCCGAGAGUCUCCUUCAGCAAGAGGAGCAUAACGGUCCAAUUUGAGAACAGAACGGGAUCCAUCCUAACCCGGGAAAGAAAGUGCUAGGAGAGGGGUGGGGUGUUAUUUCUCUUUAUAUCGCGUUGGAGCGCUUUCCCCUUAAACUUUCGGAGUAUGGGAGUCGGCGCGUCACUUCAGGAACUCGCCGCUGCCGGUCAGCCGGACAGCCGAGGGGAAAGCGAGGGGCAGAACCAUGAGACCAGCGACCACCACUCGGAUGAAGGGGCAGACGGCAAGUCUGUUCUGAAAACUGACCAGAUUUCAGGAAUUCAGGGAGAUGUAACGGAUAAAAAAUUAGAGGAGCUAAAUGGGAUUCCGGAAGAUAUAGAUACCAAACAAGUCGGACAAGGUGAUCCAGUGCUUGUAUCCGGAGGGGAAGAGAUGGAGGAAAUGCAACUGAACAAGGAAAUCCCUGUUGAGAAUGAACAUGGAGAGCAGAAAGAUGUCGAGAAGGGUGAUGAACUGCUCAUAGAGGUGGGAGUGCCAGCUGAGGAGGUGCAAGGUACUGAGGUUUGCUUCAACGUCUUCAAGUGUAUGGGUCUGAAGUUUGCCUUGAAGAAUGAGAAACCAGUGAGGGCAGAGCCCGUGCAGCUACUUACCGCGUCGCAGGAAGAAGCUGGUGAGGCAGGGAGAGCAGUCAGCGAGCCCAGGCAAGAAGUGGAAGGAAGUGCUGAAGCCAACAGCGAGGCUGAGGGGAGCUCACCUGAAAUCCUUACUCCAGAGAAAGCUGAAGAGUGUAUUGAGCAGGAAGAAACCAAAGUAAUGGACACAGAGGUUAUCCCAACAGCUGCGGAGCCUGCCGUAAACACAUCAGACAGCCCAGUGGUGGAACGGCUGUUGAGGAGAUUUUUCAGACAGGACUAUUUCUCAGGACUGCGAAUAAAGCAGAGUUCCAUGAAGGACAAAGAGGCACCACAGAUCACUGACAAGGAAGGCAAGGAGGACAUUAGGAGAGAGGCGACAGAGUGUGGACCUGACGUACAGCCAUCCAAUUCCCAGGAUGCUGCUGAAGUCUCCGUUGCUCGGUCUCCUGAAAAAAAUCAAGGGGGAGAGGAGGACUUUGAAGAUCUUACAGCAGAAUUAGCUAGUGUCAGGGUGGCAAGCGAGGCACCUGCUGUGGGUGAGAUUGUGGCAUCUGAAGUAAAAGAGAAUGGUGCCACUGCAGAACAUUCCAUGGCUGCCAGUGAUUUGGAGACAGACCAGCAGAUCCCCAGUGCUGGAAAACCAAUGGGAGAAGCAGGAGUGGAUUCUCCUGCUCCUGAAGCCCCAGCAGAGUUUCAGAUUGAACACAAGAAAGCCCAGAAAAAAUCUUCAGUCAGUACUUUGGACCCCGUCAGUGCUGAGUGUGAGCUUGUCUCUUCUCAAAAGCCCAACCAUCAAGAUAGCCCAAUCAAAAACCUUCUCACAAGUGGUAGCAUCAAAAAACUGACCAAGGAAGACAAAGGUGAGAAAGGGGAAGCCAGCACAGGAGCUCUCAAUGAUGAAGCAAAACUGCAGUCUUCAACCAAGUGGAAAGGCAUCCCUGACAGCAGUAAGCCAGAUGGCCCACCAGCCUUUCCGGAGAAAAUGGAUGAAGGAAUUGUAGCAGAAGUGACAGAGUCAGACUUGUUGCCCAUGGAGCAGGAGGAGGCAAAUGCUGACAGUGAUGGGGAGAGGAAGGAAGCCAUCACUGCCUGGGCUUCCUUUAAGAAGCUAAUGACACCAAAGAAGCAUCCAAAAGAGCCAUUGGACAAUGAGAGAGGUGACCAAGCAACUGACAAGGCAAAAAGCAUGACCGCUUCCACUGAGAACACAGCCUCUGAGAAGCAAGAGGAGCCCAACUCCAGCGGUGAGGAGUCAAAACUGGAUCAAACUACCGAGGACCUAAAAAAGAAGGCAGACACCACUGCAGCCUGGGAAGCACUAAUCUGUGUGGCAUCCUCGAAGAAAAGAGUGAGAAAACAAUCUGAGUCUGACCGCCAAAAGCCAAACAAAGAGUCCCAGACUACAGAGGCAAGUGAUCAGGUGCAAGACCAUGCUGAGGUUACAGAGGGCAGCACCUCUCAAGGCCCUGAUCAGGAGCAAAGGGAAAGAUCUUUGAGCUGUGCCAAGAGCCCUCUGGAAGGCGAGGCUACCAAUGGGGUAAUUUCCACUUGGGAAUCCUUCAAGCGAUUUAUGUCCCCCAGGCGUAGAUCAAGUUCUAAGCUGAGAGAGCGCAGGGAGGAAUCUGAACCUAAGCCAGCAGCAACAGAGGCUGCUAAGGAAGAAUCGUGGGCACCUCUGAAGAAACUAAUACAUGGGAGAAAGAAGAUGAGGCCGAACACUAAGCUGCAGCAACCUCAGUCCGAGCCUGCUGGAAAAGGUGCAGCCGACACAGAGUUUGCAGGGGACAAGAGUGAAGAGGAACCCGAAACACCAUCUGUGGUUCCAAUUUCCGAAUAUGAUGAUGUAGACAUGAUGCAAACGCCAGUGACAACAGCAGAGGAAACACUUCUUGGAAGAGAUGAUGCCAUGGUGGGGAGAGUCCUCCAAGAGGGGCAGAAAGAGGCCACACAAAAUAUGAACCUGUUGACUUAUCCGACCAUGUCCAGCUGCCAAAUACAGGUUCUGCCCAGCAGCCAAGUUGACAUCCCCAAGCAUAAACCAGACAUUUCCACAGGGGAAGGCCCAAGCAAAGAGGAGUCAGGAACCUUCAUGACUGGAGUGGCAGAGUCUACACAUAAAGCAGCUGAGAAGAUCUUAGCAAUCACGGGUCCACUUGCAGAAGGCAAUACGCAGGCUACAGCCGGUGAAGCAACAGUACAGGAAAUGCCUGCAGAGCUGCAGGAGGUUGCACUCAAACAGGAGAUUCCCCCGACUGCCAUCGACCAGGCCUUGAAACAAGAUGAAGCACAAGCAGGUGAAUGCCAGCAUUUGCUCCCUGCAGAGCAUCAAGAGGUCAAGGACAGCAUCACUGCCACGACUAUAAGCCAGGAUGGAGCAUCAUUGGUAGAGGAAGUGAAGACCAGAGAUAUGGAAGCUGUGAGAGAGCAGACAUUGGAGGCCAAUCAACGGGAGGAUGUUAAAGAGACUGAAGCUGUUAGGGAGCAGUCAAUUAAAAUUGCUGAAGGGGGAAGCAAGAGAGAGCCACAGUCGAUCACACCAGUCCCGGACAAGGCAGGAGCAGAGCAAAUUAUUGAAUACAGAAAGACCGAGAUCAUUACAGCUCCUGCAGCCCGGAAGGAUGAAUCCACGGAGGAUGCAAGUCUCCAAGAAAGCCGAGUGGAACAGACUGCAGAAGCUCCAAUGCUGGUGGAAAAGAAUGUGGCUGAGACUGAAUACUUUGAACAGACAGUGGUGAGUUUUCUGCCAGAGGAAGUGAGCCAGGUAGAGACUAGUGAGCAGAAUGUUGAGGUAACACCAGCAGUGAGUGUGAUCGAAGUUCUACCUGCUGAAGAUACAGUUGAAAUCACUGCUGAGGAAAUGAUGGAGACUGAGAGUCAUAUAGAACCCACUAAAAUCACACCAACAGUGGAAGUGACUGAGGUGGUUUGUGGUGAGAUGGCUGACGUUACUCCAGAGGAGAUAAAGAAAGCUGUAUUAAAUGAAGAACCCAUUGAAAUCUCACCCGCUGUAGGAGUAACUGAGGCAAUUUGCAGUGAUGUGACCACUGAGCUCACUGCUGUGGAAGUUGCAGAGGCUGUAUUGGGCGAAGAACCCAUUGAAAUUUCUCAAGCAGUGGAAGUGACUGAGGUGACGUGCAGAGGCAUCGAUGAAAUCACUCCAGAAGGAGCAAUUACUGUGAUGCAUGAAGAGUCUACAGAGAUCACUCUGGCAGGAACAAGGGAGAUCAUAACCGGUGUGCAACCUGUUGAGAUCUCUCCUCUACCUUUAACUGAGAUUAGUCCUGGUAGGGAGCCCAUUGAUAUCAAUCCAACAAUGGGAGUGACAGAGGUAGUAUGUAGUGAAGAGACUACAGAAAUCACUCCAGGCCUUGUAUCCAAGACUAUACCUAGUGAAGAGCCCAUCAAAAUCACCCCAGUGGGAGUAACUGAGGCAGUCCUGGGUGAAGUGAUGACUGAACUAGAUCCAAUGAGAGUAACAGAUGUUCCUUUGGACAAAGAGCCCACUGAAAUCGUUCCAAUGAGAAUUACUGAAGCUCUUUGUAGUGAAGAGAAAACUGAGCACAGUGUUGCUCUUGUGCAGGAGAUUGCUCCAGCUGCAAUCGAGCAGGACCUGAAACCAGAUGCAGCCCAAAUAGGUGAACGUCAAACUCUGCCCCCGAUAGAGCAACAAGUGAUUGAUGACAACGUGACUGCCACAACUAUGAGCAAGGAUGGAGCCUUAUCAGUAGAGGAAGGGAAGUCUGUAAAUAAGGAAGUUGUGAGAGAACAGAUGCUGGCAGCCGGUCAAAGUGAAGAUGAUGCAGAGACAGAUGCUGAUAAGGAGCAAUCUUUGAAAAGUGCUGAAGAGCGAGGUGAGGGAGAGCCACAGACAAUCACAUCAAUCCCUGACAAGGCAGGAGCAGAGCAAAUUAUUGAAUGCAGAAAGACUGAGAUCAUUACAGCUCCUGCAGCCAGGAAGGAUGAAACAGGAAUAAAGCAAGUAGGUGACACAACGUUGGAUGUUGCUCAGCGGGUGGCAGUGGGAAAGACUGAAGCUGCUGCUGUGGAUAACUCAGAAAAUGCUCAAGAGAUGCGAGUGGAAAAGGCAUUGGCUGAAUCCACAGAAGUUGCAAGUCUCCAAGAAAGCCGAGUGGAACGGAGUGUGGAAACUCCAAUGCUGGUGGAAAAGAAUGUGGCUGAGACAGAGUACUUUGAAGAGAGCGGAGUGAGUUUUCUGCCAAAGGAAGUGAGUCAGAUAAAGAUUAGUGAGCAGAAUGUUGAGGUAACACCAGCAGUGAGCAUGAUCGAAGUUCUACCUGCUGAAGAUACGGUUGAAAUCACUGCUGAGGAAAUGAUGGAGACUGAGAGUCAUAUAGAACCCACUAAAAUCACACCAACAGUGGAAGUGACUGAGGUGGAGUGUGGAGAGAUGGCUGAUGUUACUCCAGAGGGAAUAAAGGAGGCUUUAUUAGGUGAGGAACCCAUUGAAAUGUCACCCGCUGUAGGAGUAACUGAGGCAAUUUGCAGUGAUGUGACUACUGAGCUCACUGUUGCGGAAGUUGCAGAGGCUGUAUUGGGCGAAGAACCCAUUGAAAUUUCUCAAGCAGUGGAAGUGACUGGGGUGAUGUGCAGAGGAAUUGAUGAAAUCACUCCAGAAGGAGCAAUUACUGUGAUGCAUGAAGAGUCUACGGAGAUCACUCUGGCAGGAACAAGGGAGAUCACAACCACUGUGCAACCUGUUGAGAUCUCUCCUCUGCCUUUAACUGAGAUUAGUCCUGGUAAGGAGCCCAUUGAUAACAAUCCAACAAUGGGAGUGACAGAGGUAGUAUGUAGUGAAGAGACUACAGAAAUCACUCCAGGCCUUGUAUCCAAGACUAUACCUAGUGAAGAGCCCAUCAAAAUCACCCCAGUGGGAGUAACUGAGGCAGUCCUGGGUGAAGUGAUGACUGAACUAGAUCCAAUGAGAGUAACAGACGUUCCUUUGGACAAAGAGCCCACUGAAAUCAUUCCAAUGAGAAUUACUGAAGCUCUUUGUAGUGAAGAGAAAACUGAGCACAGUGUUGCUCUUGUGCAGGAGAUUGCUCCAGCUGCAAUCGAGCAGGACCUGAAACCAGAUGCAGCCCAAAUAGGUGAACGUAAACCUCUUCUCCCGGUAGAGUGUCAAGUGGUUGAUGAGAAUGUGUCUAUCACAACCAUAAGCAAGGGUGGAGCCUUAUCGGUAGAGGAAGAGAAGAAUGGAAAUAUGGAAGUUGAUAGAGGGCAGGCUUUGACAGUCAGUAAAAGGGAGAAUGUUGAAGAGACAGAAGCUGUUGGGGAACAGUCUGUCAAAAUUGCUGAAAAGGGAGAUGAGAGAGAACCACAGACAAUCACACUAGUCCCUGACAAGGCAGGAGCAGAGCAAAUUAUUGAAUGCAGAAAGACCGAGAUCAUUACAGCUCCUGCAGCCAGGAAGGAUGAAACGGCAAUAAAGCAAGUAGUUGACACAACAUUGGAUGUUGCUCAGCGGGUGGCAGUGGGAAAGAUUGAAGCUGUUGCUGUGGAUGACUCUGAAAAUGCUCAAGAGAUGCGAGUGGAAAAGGCGUUGGCUGAAUCCACGGAGGUUGCAAGUCUCCAAGAAAGCAGAGUGGAACGGAGUGUGGAAACUCCAAUGCCGGUGGAAAAGAGUGUGGCUGAGACUGAGUACUUUGAAGACAGAGUGAGUUUUCUGCCAGAGGAAGUGAGCCAGGUAGAGACUAGUGAGCAGAAUGUUGAGGUAACACCAGCAGUGAGCGUGAUCGAAGUUCUAUCCGCUAAAGAUACAGUUGAAAUCAUUGCUGAGGAAAUGAUGGAGACUGAAAAUCAUAUAGAACCCACUAAAAUCACAUCAGAAGUGGGAGUGACUGAGGUGGUGUGUGGUGAGAUGACUGGCAUCACUCCAGAGGGAAUAAAGGAGGCUCUAUUAGGUGAGGAACCCAUUAAAGUCUCACCCGCUGUAGGAGUAACUGAGGCAGUUUGCAGUGAUGUGACCACUGAGCUCACUGGUGUGGAAGAUGCAAAGGCUGCAUUGGGUGAAGAGCCCAUUGAAAUUUCUCAGGUGGUGAAAGUGACUGAGGUGACGUGCAGAGAAAUUGAUGAAAUCACUCCAGAAGGAGCAACAGCUGUGGUGUGCAAUGAAGAGAUGGCAGAGAUCACUUCAGUAGGAGUAAGGGAGAUUAUACCUGGCGAGCAACCUGUUGGGAUUGCUCCUCUGUAUUUAACCGAGAUAGUAGCUGUUGAGAAUACCAUUGGCAUCACACCUAUGAUAGGAAAGACAGAAAUGGGAGAGACAUGGGAAGAGCCCACUGAAAAGCCUAUUAAAAUUACUCCAACAGUGGGAAUGAUGGAAGCUGUGUGUGGUGAAGAGUUCACAGAACUGACUCCAUUAGAAGAAGCUAUGGUUAAAACCAGUGAAGAACAGCAUGAGGUUGUUUCUGUGGGAGUGACUGAGGGAGGUGGUGAGAAGGCCAUGGAACCUGUCACAGUGGUGCACAGUGAAGUGGUUGCCACUGCUUCAUUGGAGGUGGGAGUAGAAGAGAGCACGUAUGAACACAAAGAAGGUGAAAUUCCACAGCAAGAAGAAAGUGAGAGAUCUAAAGACAAUGUACAAAAGGUGAUGGACUCUGAAGUAGAGAAGCAGUUCUCCACUGCUGUGAUUGUACAACAGGAUAUGGGAACUGAGAAUUUGGAUAACAUAGUACGUGAUGAGCCUGUUGAAAGCCCUGAACAGCAGAGAACUCAGAAAGCUGCCUUUGAUUCUUUGAGUUCAGCAACACAAAUUCUACAGUCCAUUACCACUGAGGGAGGAAGCAAAGAAAAAGACGAAGCCGCUGCAGUUAAAGGUGAGGUGAAAAGUGAAACUGUUUCUGAUGAGCUUAAAGGCGCUGUCUUGGUGCAGCCUGCUGCAUUGGUCACAGCGCCCAGAGAUGAGGGAGAAACUUCUCCAAGAGAGCACCCUGAAAAAUCAGUCAUGGAAACUGCUGAAACCCAAGCUGGCGAGGUGUUGGCAGCCAAACAAGUUGAAACAGGAGGAGCUUGUGUUACCAGUGAGUUACCAAGCACAGCCACUGAAGAUGAAGGUGUGAGUGCUGAGCAAAAUAUGUCACAGAUUGAGUCGGCAGAGGAAGUGGAGUGCAAGCUGGCCUCAAAGGAAAAGGACAAACCAAUACUAGAUGAAUCCAUGAAAAAGAUUACACUUGUGCAGGUUGACCAGCUGACUGCAACAAGUCAAGGUGAUCAAAGUGUGCCCAAUUCUAAACUGUGUCAACAUAUCGAGGGUGCAGCUGGGCCGCAAGACGGUGUGGAGUUAAAGAGCCCCUCAGCUGCUCCACUUGUCGAGGAGCAAGCACUCACAUUGUUGGCGCCACAAAGUCUGGUUGGGCUUACCGAAACAAAACAUGAAGACACUAAAACAUGUACAACUUUGGAAAGUGUUUCUGAUGUAAAACUGUGUUCUGCCUUUGUUAAUGAAUGUCAAGCCAGACAGAACAAGACAGUGCCCCCAAUGGAGGAUCUUUCUGUAGUUGGGAUUUCGGAGUCCUGUGAAGAGGCUAUCCUUGUAACUGCAUCUUCUGUGGAGGAGGUAAUCAGUGCAGAGGUUGUAACAACUGUAGAAACUGCAAGCAAAGUAGAUACAGGCCACAUUGCUGAUAAUUCUGGAACAGGCUUGAUAACUAAUGUACAAAAGGCAGAGAGCUGCAGAAGAGUGCAACUUGAAGAUCAGCCAGUAGAAUGCAAAGUCAAAGAAACUAUUAUUCAGAAAAAGAAGUGUCUGGAAACUCAGAUCGAAAUAGAAGUGAGUCAAACACAGGUAUUUGAACAGCAGAGCACACAUGCUGCUCAGGGUCUCAUUCAAGACGCUCUGGCAUUAAGUCAGCUACAGGGACAAGAUAGUACGAAGGAAGAGGAGAACUUAUUUACACUACAAAAGAAUAUGGCAGUCAAUCAGGAAUUGGAAACUUUUUUAAGUCAAGAUAUUGAAAGAAAAGAGAAAGUGUUGAUGCAGUCAGCUGAGAUGAUGUUAACGACAACUGUGAGCAGUGGUCAAGAACCAACUGAGACCGAAACUCUUGCAUCAAUGCAUAGUGAAUCAACUGACAGUGGUUCAGGCAAAUCUUCACUGUCGUCAGAAGCAACCAAAGCUGAAUGUAGCCUAUCACUAGAUCAGAGUGAAACCACACAUCCAUCUAUGGAAGUGACUGAGCAAACCCAACUCGUGACAAUCCAAACUUUAAUCCAUGGAGGAUUAGUAAAUGAAAGUCUGGAACAAAAUGAGAUCUCCGACCAGUUGUGAGAAACAAAAUGUGAAGGCGUGGAGACUUGCAGAAUUAAGAUUUACUAUGACAAGACCGAGUAUCACUGUCAAGACAAUCCUGAAUCAGUUCAAGGACAUGGUCUGCACUAUUAUGUAACCUUGUAUUAAUUAUAUAACAUUCUGAUUUGACAAUAAAUGCAUUGUGUCUUGUUGAAGCAAUGCUGCUUCUCUGCAAUCUGCACUUUGCAUGUGGGGAAGGAAAGUGUAAUCUGAACAUUCUGGGAAUGGCUGCUGUAUUUGUUCACAGAACUAAGAUGAAAGACACCUUGUGUUAUUUAAUGUGUAAGUUAAUUCCAAAAGUAUCCAGAAAUACUAGUGUCCUCAUCAAUCUGAUUAGAAAACAAUGGAAUAUUUUAAAGUCCAUUCUUAAAAUGUGUCUAAAAGUUGUUCUGAUGCUUACCAAAGUAAUCCAAUGUUGAACAAACAUCUUUGCAUUGGAUAUAGACUGAAAUGACACACAGUGGCAUGUGCUCAAAGGUGAUCUGACUUGGGAUUUUGAAAUCCUAUGGAGAGUAGCAUAUUGUUUAGAGUUGAUAAGCCAUGCAGUGUGUUUGAACCAAGUUUGUAGUUUUACUAAAUCUAUCACCACUGAACUGUCAUUGUCUAAGGGAGUUGAAUUUUGGCAGAGGCCAGACUCAUCAGAAAGCUUGCUUCACUAUGAAAUGGAGAUCCAUUUUAUUGGGUUAAUAGUUGCGGUUUAUUUGGACUGCCUUGACAACUUCCUAAGAUGUGCCUUAGUAUUGUGUAUUAUUAAUGCUCAACAUUUCAUUGAUCUUUCCUCUAUCUUUGUGAAUACCUCAGCCCCCUAUAAAACACGCCACCUAUUACUAAGGCAAUGUUGGGAAUUGAUUGUUCAAGCUGGAUAGUCCUUCCAGCUUACUUUCUUACCCUUUUGACAGAGCAACUCCCAAGACACUUCCAGUCUUGUUUGUGAUAUUUUACGGUAUGCCAUUAGGUUAACAGGGCAAAUGUUGUACACACAUUUACUGCAUUUCAUUAACCAGGCAGGAGCCACAAUUCAUAUUACUACUGCAGUGUUUUUAUAACUGAAUGUGAAAUUGAUAUUUGUACAGAUUGUAUUUCCCAUUUGCCUAAGCCAUAUUGGAAUACUUAUACAAAUAAAAUAAUAUUAGGAUUAACAUUUUUGUGGUUACUGUACUGAACGGGGUCUGGUUCUGUGUUCAAGUGCCUAAUAAUGAUUCUUCAUAGAAAGUAAGUUGCACUAUUGCUCUAAUUUUAUUUAAUCAUGCACUACUCCCAAUGACUUUGGUGGGAGGAGGAGAGAAUGGGAUGGAUCUCUUUCUUGAAUGGGGCAUAGUCAAAGAUUCCUACUUGUAAUGUUGCAGUUUUACUUUAUUGCAGAAUAUUUUCUGCUUUCAUUUAAGGUACUGCAGCAAGUCAGAUAUGACAGCUGUGUUGUGCUUUAACUGUUCUGAUUCAGUCUUGUAAACAUUCAAAUGUCUCCCCUUAAAGUCUCGUAUAACAUAAUUUUAAAGCCUGAAUAAGCCACCUUCAAUUAUUUUGAGUUAUUUCUACAAUCUCAAUUUCAAUUCUCCCUUUAGCAAAUGUGAGUACUUGAUGUCCCCUAAGUUGAAUGAUGCAGGUCAUGUCUAUAGCAGUUACUUUGUAGAGUUAUGCAGUACAUAGCAUUUUCCUAUCCCUAUGGCCUUGCAAAUUAUUUCUUUACUUAUCCAGUUGCCUUGUUGAACAUUAGUUACAGCUGCUCCACUUCUGUUCUGUUGAUCUUUAAGCCUCUUUAUCCCAUAACAAUUAACUCUCCAAGAGGGAAAUUUCUGUGGUCUUGCAUAUUUUCAACUUGUGUAAUAACUUUGAGGGAUCUAUGAACAUGAACUCCAAGAUUUCGCAGCUCCUCUGCCAAGAAUCCUGCUUUUAACCCUAUAUCCUGCCUUCAAGUUCAACCUUAAAAGUGUAUCGCUUCACACUUUUAUGGACUGCAUUCCAUCAGCUACUUCUCAGCUCAGCUCUGCUUCCUAUUAAUGUCCCACUGUAAACCUAUGACAACCUUCUACACUUACCUUUGGGUCAUCUGCAAAACUUACAAACCCACCCCUCCACUUCCUCAUUCAAGUCAUUUAUAAAAAUCAUGAAGAACAGUGAUCCCAGAACCAAUAGGACAUCACUGACCUCCGGCAGAACACGCUCUAUCUACCCCAACCCUUCAGCUUCUGUAGGGAAGCCAAUUCUAAAUCCACUCAGCCACAUUUCACUGAUUCCCAUGCUCCUUGACUUUCUGAAUGGAAAACUUUGAGCGCCUUAUUAAAAUCCAUAUAUGCCACAUCCACUAACCUUCCUUCAUUUAUUUGUUUUGUCACUACCUCAAAGAAUUCAAUCAGACACAUGAGGCAAAGCCUGCCCCUCAAAACGCUAUGCUGACUAUCCCUGAUCUGACUACGCUUCUCCAAAUGCUCAUAAAUCCUGCCUUGAAGAAUCUUAUUAAGUAAUUUGCUCACAUGCACUAUAUCCCAUCCAGCCCUGGUGACUUACCCAAUGUUUUUCAGAAGUUCCAGCACAUCAGAGCCAAAUGGCUUGUUUCUGCUCCUAUAUCUUAAUGUCAAUAUGUUCCAGCAUAUUAACCUGUUCUCCGCUCUCACAUUAAUCAAGGUCACUCUGGUGAAUACUGAAGCAAGGUAUUCAUUAUGGACAAUCCCCCUCUCCUCUGACUCCAGACACAUUUCCUCUUUUAUCCCUGAUCGGUCCUACCCUCACUUUAGUCAUCCUCCUCUUCACAUAUUUGUAGAAUGCCUCUGGAUUGACUUAAUCCUAAUCACUAAGGCCUUCUCAUGGCACCGUUUAGCUCUCCUAAGACCUUCUAAAGCUCCAUCCAAGCUACCUUAUGAUGGUCAAGUGCACUGUCUGACCCUUGCUUCCUUCUUAGAUAUUCAACCUUUCCCCAGUCCUCUAGUCCAUCCUUGUAAAUUUUUACUGCACUCUUUCCAUCUUAUUGAUAUCUUCCCUGUAGGCAGAUGAUCAGAACAGCACACAAUACUCCAAAUUAGGCUUCACCAACACCUUAACCAACUUCAGCAUAACAUCCCAGCUCCUGCAUUCAAUAUGUUGAUUUAUGAAGGCCAUUGUGCCAAAAGCUCUCUUUACAACACUGUAACACAUGGCGACACCUUCAAAGAAUUAUGAAACUGCAUUCCCAGAUCCCUCUGUUCUUUGCACUCCUCAGCCUUACCGCUUACCAUGCAAAACCUACCCUGGUUUUUCCUCUUAAAGGCAAAGACAGAUGGAGGUUCUAAGUAAGUAAUAAAGUUUUUAGUAAGUGUUUUUGGUAGUGUAUAGCAAGUAUGCUGAGCAUGAGCAGUGGUAUCUUCUUUGUGUGAGAUGCGGGCACUCUGGGAGACCUCCAGUUUCCUUCAUAAGUACAUCAGCACAAAGUGCAUCAAGUUGCAACUCCUUCGAGACUAUGUAAAGGAACUGGAGCUGCAGCUUGAUGACCUUCGGCUCAUACAGGAGAAUGAGGAGGUAAUGGAUAGGUGCAACAGGGAGGUAGUUACCCUUAAGUUGCAGGAGGCAAUACCCCAUGUGACUGUCAGGAGAGGGAAAGGGAAAAGGCAGCUACUGCAGAGCACCCUGUGGUCAAUCCCCUUUAUACUAUAGGUAUAAUGCUUUGCAUAUUGUUGGGUGGGGCAACCUACCAGGGGAAACUACAGCGAUCAGAUCUCUGGCACCGAGUCUGGCUAUGUGGCUCAGAAGACAAUACUGCUCUCCAAUGUUCGCUCCCUGGAAAACAAACUGGAUUACCUUUGUCAGCAACUGAUCCAGCACAAGAUGAGGAACUGCUGUGUGCUAUUCUUACAGAAUCAUGGCUCAAGAACAAUAUUCCAUGCAGCAUCAACCUUCAGGCCAUGCCAUUCGGGGACUUGUGCUAAUAGUAUUUUGUGACUGUAUUGUGCUUUAUUGUAAGCUUGUGCUGCACCAUUACUAAUGUGCUGUAUUGUAACUGUGUACUGUCUUUUCCUCCUUGGUUCCAGAGGAACAAUGUUUAAUUUAGCUGUAUACAUCUGUAAGGUUGAAUGACAAUAAACUUGAACUUGACAUGGA